UCUUAAUUCUCCUGUUCUGUUUUUGCCUAAAGCUAAUUAAAACAAGUCAUCCCUAAUGCAUAUUAGUUAACAUAAGCUAGAUACAUUAUGUGAAUUUUUACUGAAUUAGAGCUAUAUUGUGUGUAGUAUAUGAAUCUCUUUGGUUUGGUCACCGUAGUUCAUGUUUGUAUUCACAUUGGCAUGGUCAAGAUUUGCUUACGUAGUUGCAGCUGUUUGAUGCUUAAAUGAAAGCUGAGUGAGAUUAAAUGAGUGAUGAUUAGAUUGUGAUGUUUGAUAUUAUUAUUUUAUUUAAUAUUUAAUACUUUCGACACGGUCUCUGUGUUUUAUGCUUUGCUGUCAAGAAAAACAUUCUUAUUUCACUGUAUAAAUAAUUUCGUAUUUUAUUUUAUUUUCGAAGUGCAGUAGUAGUUAUAUAGCUGUAGUUGUUAUGCAAUUAUUAAAAUAAAAAAGGAAGCUGCCGACAAUUAUAUGGGUCUGUCUGGUAAUCCCACUAUAUAAAAGCUACUAAUUUUAGAUGUUAUAAAGGAUGCCACAUAGGCAAAAUAUUCUCAGCCAUUCAUUCUGCCAUGUCACUGGUAACCCAGACCAACAAAUCGUAAUUGCAGCCCAGCCCGUUAACCGGUUUCGCUCACGAAAUUGCUGUCUCCGUCUCUUUGCUGUUGGGCCAGAUUAAAAAAUUUUCCAGCCCAUCCCAUUACUUAUUUCAACUUUCAAACUAUUUUCUUUUGCAUUUUCUAUUAUUUCAGACAAUUUUUUAUUUCAGCUGUUUUCUAUAACAAUGUGCAAACCGCCUAAGUUCCCUUUGAUCUUAAAAUAGUACGCCCAAGAUAACAAAACCCCCUCAUUUCACACACAGUCCCUGUAAAUUUCUAUAAAAAACUAAAUUCUACUAUCAAACCCACCCAACAAAUUUACUACUACCACCUAUAAUUAUGGCCCGGCCUACUUAAACUUUAAAAAAAAACAUGACAAUACUUAAAAAAAACACACCCUAACUAUGUUCACUUCAAAAAAAAAAAAUUAAACAAAAUUGCCAAAAAAAUACUAAUUCUCAUUCUUAUCUAUGUAGCACAUGCACCACAAGAUCAAAGCAAUUAGGACAACACCCUCGAACCUCAUCCAAUAAUCGUUAGGAUCCUUAGGGUCUGGCCCAUCACAAAUCACAAAAAUAAAGAUGCUUUCCUAGGGACAACUUUCAUAUGUCUUGACAUCCAGGUUUGUCUAAAAUUCAUAUUUUUAAUUAUUCCAACUAUAUUUCAAAUGAUUGCUUCUAACCACUAAACAGGAACAAAAAAUGGAGGGGAAGGUACCUAUUUCUACGUCUGACACAAUGUACCAACGCUUCGAAGAAGGAAAAAUUUAUCACAUUAGAUAUUUUAAUCUCCUCCCCAAUAACCAACGUUACAGGCUUACCGAUCAACCAUACAUAAUCAAUAUCAAAGAAACAACAACUAUUACACUGAUUCAAGAAAACAUUGCACCGAUUCCUUCAUACAUAUUCCGGCCACAACGCUACACCCAGUUGAUCAGCUUAGCAAGUGAAACCAACUUCCUACCAGAUGUUGUUGGCCGCAUUUGCCUCAUCCAAGGAAGUGAUUUAUAUAACCACUACACAGAUUCAAAAAUCAUCAUUGGAUUACGUUUAGACAGAUCGAAAUUGGUACGUCUAACUUUAUGGGACAAGGAGGCAUCUAAUUUCAGAGAGUUAAAUCGCAUAUCAACAAGGAAAAAACAAGUCGUAAUCAUCACAAGUAUCAUUCCACGGAUACAUGAAGAAAAACUAUCACUCACAGCAACACCUGGAACGCGCUUCUACUUUAACAACGAAAUUGAUAUCAUUCAACGCUUCUAAAAGAGGAAUAAACUGCUAUCCUAAGCCUCAUAGCAAACACCACCAGUCAACUUUUAAAACAUUUACGUUACCACUUCCUACAUCAAUUAAAUUGUCACACACAAAGAUUAUUUUCUCAUUCAAAUAUCGAAUUCCUCAAAACUAUUUAUUAUUCAUACUUACAGUUGUUUUUU